CAAGAACGCAAUGUAACAACUCACGCAACUGGUGGUUCCGCCAUUCCCCGACAGCACCUGAACGCAGCAUCUGGCCAGGGGCGGGUAGGCGCUAACCGUGCAGUAUGGCGGACGAUGGAGACAGUUCGAGCGGACCAGUUGACGCGAGCGGCGGGCAGGGGGCCGCGGAUGAGUCGGACGGGUUCGGCCUCGGCGCGAUGCUGUUGAAUAUCGGUAUCUUGGUGGUGGUGGCGGCGGCCUGCGUGGCGGCGUACCGGCGGUGGGGCAGGCGGCUGGUGGCCAACGCGGCCCAGGGCGACCAGGCCUCGGCGCUCCCCAAGAUGAGGAGACGGGACUUCACUCUGGAGCAGCUGCGGGAGUACGACGGGCUCCAGAGCCCCCGCAUCCUCAUGGCGGUCAACAUGAAAGUUUUCGACGUGACCAGCGGCAAAAAGUUUUACGGGAAAGACGGUCCUUACGGCAUCUUCGCGGCCCGGGACGCUUCGAGGGGCUUGGCCACCUUCUGCCUGGAGAAAGACGCCCUGCGGGACGAGUACGACGACCUGUCGGACCUCAGCGCCGUGCAGAUGGAGAGCGUGAGGGAGUGGGAGAUGCAGUUCAUGGAGAAGUACGACUACGUCGGGCGGUUGCUGAAGCCCGGAGACGAGCCGUCGGAGUACACGGACGAGGAGGACGUCAAAGACCACCUGAAGCACGACUGAGCGGUUCCUUCACACCGACCAAAGCCAGGAGCCGGCAGACAGCUGCGACAGACACCCCCACCUCCCCCACCCCCACCCCUCCACCUCCCCGCCUCCUCUCUCCCUGCCUCGAACUCCCAAAAAACGCUUCUCCCCCUCAAUCUGUCUGGUGCCGCGGCUGUUCUCCGCGGAGAGGGGGCCAGACUUAAGUUUGGAGGCCCGGACCUCUUCCCAACCCCCCCAACCAACCUUCACCACCACCCACCUCCCUCUUCAUCCUGCAGAGAUGACCACCACCAGGAAGCGGGUCAAAACAUCUUGGAUGGGGGCUUUUUUCUUCUUUUAAAGACAAACUCG